GAGAGAGGGAGAGCUGUGACAGCGCUCAUCACCCACUGAACAACCAGGACGGGUUGCAUCCGAGCAAUCGCUGCCAUUCGCAGACGGAGUUUACAGCCUUUGCGCCGCUUUUUCUUUCGAUCUUUUUUCCGCCGCACCCCCUCCCUGUCCCGGUGCUGCCUCAGCCAGUCGACCAUGGUUUCUAUAAUUUCAGACCUGGACCCUCUGAAAAGCUGGAACGUGUUAAGGCAGGACGCCAGCGACCUCUCCGGACCGAUACAAAGUAACGGCACGGCCGGGAAGAUGAACGGGGCGCUGGAGCAUUCGGACCAGCCGGACCCGGACGCCAUCAAGAUGUUCGUGGGCCAGAUCCCGCGCUCCUGGUCAGAGAAGGAGCUGAAGGAGCUGUUCGAGCCGUACGGAGCCGUUUACCAGAUCAACAUACUCCGAGACCGCAGCCAGAACCCUCCACAGAGCAAAGGCUGCUGUUUUGUCACGUUUUACACAAGGAAAGCUGCCCUUGAAGCCCAGAAUGCACUGCAUAACAUAAAGACCUUAACAGGGAUGCACCACCCGAUUCAAAUGAAACCCGCAGACAGUGAGAAAUCUAACGCGGUUGAAGACAGGAAGUUGUUCAUCGGCAUGGUGUCGAAGAAGUGCAACGAGAACGACAUCCGGGUCAUGUUCUCUGCGUUCGGACAGAUCGAGGAGUGCCGGAUCCUCAGAGGGCCCGACGGACUGAGCAGAGGAUGUGCGUUUGUCACGUUUUCCACCAGAGCUAUGGCACAGAAUGCAAUCAAAGCCAUGCACCAGUCUCAGACUAUGGAGGGCUGCUCGUCUCCCAUUGUGGUGAAGUUCGCCGACACACAGAAGGACAAGGAGCAGCGGCGUCUGCAGCAGCAGCUGGCGCAGCAGAUGCAGCAGCUCAACAGUGCGACCACCUGGGGGAGCCUGACGGGCCUGGGCGGCCUCACCCCGCAGUAUCUGGCUGUAAGGAGAGCCGCCGCGUCGCCCACCUCCACCAUCACCUCCUCCACCCCUUACUGCAGCCCCAUGGCCAACGCCGCCGCAUUGCUUCAGCAGGCGACCUCCUCCGGUAACCUCGGAGCCUUCAGCGGGAUCCAGCAGAUGGCCGGUAUGAGUGCUCUGCAGUUGCAGAACCUGGCCACUUUAGCAGCGGCGGCGGCGGCGGCCCAAAACUCAGCCAGUCCCUCCACCGCAAACCCCCUGUCCUCCAACGCCGCCUCCCUGGGAGCGUUGGCCAGCCCAGCAGGCACCACAGCCAGCUCCAACGCCGGUGCCAUGAACUCUCUGACCUCUCUGGGCACCCUGCAGGGCCUGGCAGGCGCAACUGUGGGCCUGAAUAACAUAAAUGCACUAGCAGGUAGCAUCAACAUUGCUCAAAUGCUCUCAGGUAUGGCGGCUCUAAACGGAGGCCUGGGCGGCGCCGGGCUUACCAACGGGACGGCGGGCACCAUGGACGCGCUGACGCAGGCUUACUCAGGGAUCCAGCAGUACGCCGCCGCAGCGCUGCCCACCCUCUACAGCCAGUCCCUGCUGCAGCAGCAAGGGGCCGCCGGCAGCCAGAAAGAGGGUCCCGAAGGUGCCAACCUGUUCAUCUACCACCUGCCCCAGGAGUUUGGAGACCAGGACAUACUCCAGAUGUUCAUGCCUUUCGGAAACGUGGUCUCUGCCAAAGUCUUCAUCGACAAACAGACAAACCUUAGCAAGUGCUUCGGCUUCGUCAGCUACGACAAUCCAGUGUCGGCACAGGCAGCCAUCCAGGCCAUGAACGGCUUCCAGAUCGGCAUGAAGCGGCUGAAGGUGCAGCUGAAGCGCUCCAAGAACGACAGCAAACCGUACUGAUCUUAGCACUAGGGUCUAUCUGCUCCCCAUGUUAGCACUGCUAGGAACAACCCAUCCUCCAUCCGCCUGUUAGCUCAUCGUUUGCCUAGCAUGUCUCCGUGGCGUCCCAAACAAACAAACAAACAAACAAACAAACACACACACACACGAAAAAAAAACUUUUAAACAAAAACACAAACGAAAAAAAAUCCCCCUCCCUCUUCCUCCUCCUCCUCCUCCUCCUCCACCGCCAAACAAACAAACAGACAAACAAACAAACAAACAAAAAAGUGUCAUCGUCCUCCUCCUCGUCCCCCGUCAUUGUUUUUUCUGAUGUCUUUUCCGAGCUCACCUGAUCAUAACCUGGUCCUCCUCCUCCUCCUCCUCCUCCUCCUCCUCCUCCUCCUCCGCCUACUGACCUUUUUUGAACUUUUAGCUUUUUUGGACUUUUAUGAUUUUUUUUUUGUUUGUUUUUCCUUUUUUUGUUGUUGUUUUUUUUGCAUGUGACCUCAUUUUGGAUCGGGGGAGGGGAGUUUCAGGGAGGAAGCGAGGUGAGAAAAAAGGGGGAGGGUGAGAUAAAUGAAAUCAAUGUGAAAAAGAUAUAUAUAUAAAAAGCUGCAUUCAUAUGAAAAACAAAAAAGACUGAGAUUUUUUUAAUGGAAAAACAAAAAU